AUGAAUAGACAUAGACCUAUGAACGACCAUGUGAACAUUAACAACAAGAGAUUCCAUGAUGAUGGUACAACUAAAAGAAGGAAUAGAAAUACACACAGUGAGCAGCCACAUCAAGUGGACAAAUCCCACAAUGAGAGGAAAAUAAAUUCUGCGCAAACUGUGAUGUAUUCUUCCAGAACCCUUGGUGGGAAGAACCCCCAAUGUGAAGAAGUAGAUACUACAACCAAGAGAGCUAACCUUUUGAGCGCGCAGAGACAACUACACAAUAUAUCUUCCAAGACGGAAAAGGAGAAACGAGAAAUCAAACGCGACCUCCUACUUCGGAGGGGAGAUUAUUACUCUCAGGGGACCAAAACCACACAUAUACGUAGCCCAGAAUUUUGUGAUGAAAAAUUCAAGAGGGAAAAUCGCCUGAACUGUUCAGGUAGAAAAACCGAGCCGUCCUCAACCAUUCGCACACAGUUGACACAUAGGAGGGAUGUCCUGGUGAGGUCUAACAAAAACAACAACAUUAGCUGCGACUCAGUCUGCAAGCGGAAAGUAGAUUGGGAUGACGAAUUAGAAAAUAAAAAACUAAAACCAUCUCAUUCGCAUGGUAAGAGUGGUCAUGUUAUUGGCAGUGCCAUUUCGUUUGAUAAGGUGGAGAACACAGAAGUACAUAAAAGAGGUGAAGAAGCGGAGGAUCCCCGUAGAAGAGGCACUGGUGAAGAUGCGUACUUUUCUUCUAUUGGUAGGAAGUUGCCAAUAGGCGAACAGAAGAGAAGGAAUGAACUUAGUGGAGGAAACCUCGGAAUGAACAGAAGUGGUGAAGAGAAAGAAAGAAUGAGACCAUGUGUAAGCGGCAAGACAUCGGAAGGAACAAGUCUGGUAAUAGAAGAGAGACGAGGCGAGUCGUUUUCUUUCGCUUCGUGCGUAAAUGAUAAGGUAGAAGAUGGGCCUCUAAAUGCAAGAAGCAGGGGAGAGCACCUUUUGGGUGUGCACAUUAAGCCAGGACAACACAUCUCACAUGGUUCAUACGUAGAAGUGAUGAACGAUGAUGGAAACCCCUCCCUUGGGACAAUCCCGAAGAGUGCUCCAGCAAACAAUGAAGAGGUCGAUGGAUCUAUAGGAUAUAAGGAGCGUGGGGGGAUGGAGGAGAAAGAUGUAAGUGGAGGGCAUACGGAUCAAAGGGAGGAUCCUCUAAAUAGAAACAUACCUAUCAGUGUGAUGAAAAAGGGUGAAGAGGAGGAAAAAUAUAUCCAUUCAAAGGACGACUCAUGCUUUUUUCGAAAAAAAAGUAUGGAUAAGGAGAGGAUAGAUAAGAUAGCUCUUGACAUUGUCAACAGGUGGAAUGUUCAAUCCACUAGUCCCGCUGGGAGGGAAGACACGAAUAAAGCAUUACCUUCAGGUGGAAAUAUCCAAGAGGGAAAUAUAAAAGGUUUUAAUGAUACCCAAUUAUUAUUUAACGAAAUAAAAAACUCGUAUAAGGAGAGGGUGUCUGAUGAUUCGCAGAAAAAUCGACCCAUGAAAAAACCACCGGAGGAUGAAUCAUCACAUCUGUUGCAACGGAGGGGAGAAUUGUCUACGCGCAAUUUUUCUGAUGAUGCUGUUGUAGAGGAGGUAAGGAAGACAUACAAAAGUGAUAAAUUGACUAGGGACAUCGUGUUGAACGAAGAAAGUAGGUUCCACUCCAAUGAAGAUACAGAUAUGGUUAAAAAAAAUGUUAUGGUUCAUGAAGUUAAUGCAUCUGUUAGCGCUGUUCCCAUAGUGCACUCUUGCUCUAACAUUCAGAGGGAGGAGGCACCUCCGCCCAACAGACGCUUUGCCGCGCACACACUUUCCUCCAACAGUAAGAACAUAAAAACGAUAAAAGUGGACUUCAAGGAAGCACAGAAGAAAGGAGUUCCAGAUAGCCAAAGGGGGAGUGCAGUUACCAGGGGAGGAGCGACUACACAGUUGAUAAAAAAGAAAAACAAAGGAAUUAUACAAAAUGAAGGGGAAGGAAAAAAUACCACAUUUUUAUUUCAUCAGAGGGAUAAAGACAUCUCAGGGUUGACUUUCACGAGGGGUAUCAGCAAAAGAACAGACGGAAAGGAUGCAUCUGACGGGUUGAGAACCCCCUCCGGUCACCCUGCUGCACGAUCAGCUUUGCCAAAAGAUGAGAAAGACAAAUCAGGUAAGACAAUCCAAAUGAGAAAAAUGUAUGGACACUUCAGAUUAAAUAGAGGGAUGGCAACGCAUGGUAGGAAUACUCCAGAAGUGGGAGAUUCUAUAACGGGAAGGAUUAGCGGUCAUCCAGGGAGACCCCGAAGGGAGGCGAAGACCAACACAAUGGAGGGGCUCUCUACUCUGCCAUCCCGCACAAAUCUGGUUCUUGGCGACGAGGAGAAGAUCAAAAGGGAUAACGCACUUGGAGGCAAUAAGGGUAUUCACAGUGAUAACUCUGGGCAUAGCCGCAACGAACCGUCAUCCCGGGCACUUCACGCAAGAACCACCGACAUUGACAACAACAAUAGGGGAAGCUACAGUUCUGUGAAAACCUCCAGGACAUUGCUAAGCAUCGCCAGUAGCAGUUCACUUAGGGGUGCCAAAGUAUCUUCAAGCGAAAAGGGUAAAAAAAUCAUGGCGAAAGUGUACAGACAAGGUAGUAGGAUUGGUCGGGGAGAGGAAGAAAAAAAGACAGGAAUCACGAAACGGAACAAUGAUAACCGCAGCCAUGGAGAGCGCAUAGACAUCGCAGAUUCCAUGAGCAAGUCAUCGGAAAAUGCGAUCGGUAGGGGAAGAGAACUGAGCGGGAGGAGAGCAUUGGUGCAUGUGUCCAAAUGUAGAGACAACGCUCCUGAGAAGAGCACAAAUCAAGCAGAUGGAGCGAACAAGGGUUCUAGUCAUGAUAUAGAGUCUAAGAGAAACGUAGAGAAAAAACUUAUUAAAGAUGAAUCCCCCAGAUGCAACCUUACCCAUUUUAGCAACUCUAAAAAAGGCACGAAGAACAGCCACCUCAAUUACAAAGAUCCUAUAAGUGAAGAAAUGGAAAGACACAGAAUGGAUCAGAAAAAAAAAAAGAAUGUAAAAAGUAAUUCUAUUCCUCCUGGAAAUAUGAACAAGGGGGGAAAAAGCAACAAUUCAAAAAAUAUAUUUUCGGGUAGACAGUAUGAAUGUAGUGGGAAGGGAGAUGACGGAGAGGCGAAGAACCGGACAGAAAGUAGGGCCUCCACCUAUAGGAAACGGAGCGAUAGCUACGAUGAGAGGGUAAAACACCCUAAGGGAGGAGGAAGUACUUCUGGUGGAAUUGGAUGUAGUCACGACGAGGGAAGAAGAUCCUUCGAAAAGGAGACAAUGAGCGAUAAAUCGCGCAGGCAGGAAUCGAUUAGUUCAAGUAGCCAACGGGAAAGGAAGGAGAUGUCCUAUUUUGAAUGGUUAGCUAAGGAGAAGAAAAAGAAGGAGGAAGGUAUGAACCCAGGUGAAGUAACAGUUGUAGGGGAUGGUGCAUCUACACAAGGAGGAUCAGUAGACGCAGAUGCCACUGCCUGUGAGGUCGGUAAGAAGAAUCCACUGAGUGAUGCACUGCAGGAGGAGAACUACCAUUUGAUGCUACAACCAUUGAGCGCCUUCAACUUGAAGCAAAACGAAAGGAAUUUCGAACAAGAAGAUUUUAUUGUAGAUAAAAACCCCAUAGGAAAUGGAAGGACAGGAUUGGUUUUUAAAGCUAUCAUUAAAAAAGAAAACGAAUAUGUAGCAUUGAAGGUUAUGGCCAAGGACACAAUCGCAUCUUUGAACAUCGAGAGACAAGUCUUGAAGGAAAUAAUAAUCCAGGCAAGCUUAAAUCAUAAAAACAUUUUGCAGUUAAUAGCGUAUUUUGAAGAUAGAACCCGUUUGUUCUUGAUUCUAGAGCUAGCCAAUGGAGGAUCCAUACGAAACAAAAUGAAAUCAGAUGCACAACCAUUCUUAGAAGAACAAGUAGCAUUAUAUGUCUACCAGAUUGCAGAUGCCCUAUCCUACCUACAUAAAUUUAAUAUCAUCCAUAGGGAUUUGAAGCCAGACAAUAUUUUAUUGCACCAUACUGAUGAAUAUCAAGGAGACCAUAUAUAUAAAUACGGAGUAAUUAAAAUUGCUGAUUUUGGAUUUUCUUGUCAGCUCAAAAAUAAGAGACAAAAGAGAAGCACCUUCUGUGGGACUGUGGACUAUAUGCCACCUGAAAUUAUAAACCAGAUUCCCUAUGACUGUAAUGUGGACUUGUGGUGCCUAGGCAUUGUGAUAUUUGAGUUGCUCGUCGGCUUUCCGCCCUUUACAGACGACACGCAGGAGCGCAUAUUCAGCCAAAUUAAGGAACUGAACUUCCAUUUCCCCAAGGCAAUUUCGUUGCAAGCGCGGGACCUCAUACUAAAGCUAUGCAGUAGAACGUCAGACGAGCGUAUCUCAGCCGAAGAGGUUAAGACCCACCCCUGGGUGAAGCAGUUCCUUUAA